AUGGGUAAGGACAGCAAAAAAGUAGACAGUGAAGUAAUAGAUUAUUCACUACAAGGCUCUACGGCUUGCGAUCGCUACAUUUAUAUUUCGCAAACGCAUUGCAAGCAGUACAAGUUUGAAGAAGCCUUGAAAUAUUGUGAAAUAUCUUACCAGAUUGCGUCAAAGCUAGGCGAUAAAAUUAAAAUUGCUGAUUGCUGCGAUCAUCGAGGACAUAUUAAUCGUAUGAUGGGGAAAUAUCAAUUGGCUAUGGAAAAUUAUCAACAAUCAUUUCAACUCCAUCAAUCAGUUCAUGAAGAAGAUAACGUAGCUAUAACACACUGCUAUAAUAAUAUUGGCAGUAUUUGUUGCUUACAAGGUCGAUAUCAUGAUGCUUUAGUAAAUCAUGAGAAAGCGUUAGAAAUCCAAUCUCAAGCCUUACAGGAUCAAUCUGAGUGCAGUUUUGAUAUGGCUAAAACUUAUCGCGCCAUCGGAUUAGUUUAUUACCAUCAAGGCAAAAAUCAAGACGCAAUCUUGAUGCAUCAACAAUCUUCGGCUAUUUUUAGUCGUUUAUUUGGAGAAGAAAAUUUAUAUCUGGCCAGUUCUUAUCAUAAUAUUGGAUUAAUCAACCAAUUGCAGGGUAAAUUAGAUGAUGCACUAAGCACUCAGCAGAAAGCGUUGAAUAUCGAUCUUUCCAUUACCGGCCAGCGGAGUUUACUGGUUGCUGAUUCCUAUCAUCAUAUUGCUACAACUUAUCAACUUCAGGGAAAGUAUGAACAAGCCGAAAUUAUGAUUCAGAAAUCGUUAAAUAUACAACAAGAAAUUCUUGGCCAUCAAAGUCUAGAUGUUGCUCAAUCUCAUCAUAUUUUAGCUGAUAUUUAUAUCCAUGGUGGUCGAUAUGAUGAGGCUUUAGCUCUAAUUGAUCAAAGUUUAAACACAUAUAGGGUCAUCAUUGGUGAGACAUGUUACGCUGUUGCUCAAUGUUAUAACAGUAUUGGCUGGUUAAAAUAUCUACAAGGUCAUUAUGAUCAAGCUAUCGAACUCUAUCAAAAAUGUAUCCAAAUUCUGGAUAAAAUGACAGAUGGACCUUGCAUACACAAUUUACAAUUUUAUAAUAAUAUGGCACUUGUUUAUCGAUCUCAAGGAAAAUAUGAUGAAGCAUUCAAAAUUCUCCAGCAACAACUGGAUGAUCAAUUAAAAUUUUUAGAUAAAAACAGCAUCCAUGUUGCAGCUAUUAACAAUAAUAUUGCAUUAAUUUAUCAAGCACAAGGACAAUAUAGCAAAGCCUUGUCUACUCAUCGUCGUUCACUUAAAAUUAAGUUAAAAUUACUUGGUAAUGACAAUUUAUUAGUCGCUGCAUCUUACAAUAAUAUUGGAUUAAUCUAUUACUUACAAUGUAAACAUAUGGAUGCCUUGUCUAUAUUUCGUGAUUGCUUGAAAAUUCGACUUAAAUUAUUAGGUGAAGAUAGUUUAGAUGUUGCUGAUACCUAUUAUAAUAUGGCAUUAGUCUAUCGGAUAUUUGCAAAAUAUGAUGAGGCUAUGGAUAAGUUGCAAAAAGCUCUUGCCAUUAGACAAAAACGGCAAACUGAGGGAGGAAUCGAUUUAGUCGUUGCUAUCAUCUACAGUGCUAUUGCGUUAAUCCAUUAUUUACAAGACAAUUAUAACCAAGCGUUAGAAUAUUAUCAAAAAUCAAUGGAUAUACAAGAUAAUCGCAAGAUUGAUAUUAAUCAAUUGGAUGUUGCUGGCUUGUACAAUAAUAUGGGAUUAGUUUAUUACAAGCAAAAGCAAUAUGAUGAUGCCUUAUCCAUGUAUCAAAAAUCGAUCGAUAUUUAUUUGCAAUCUCUUGGAUCCAAUAAUCUUCACUUGGCUUCAAUUUAUAAUAAUAUUGGAUUAAUUCAUUCAGCAAAGUUACAACACGAUGAAGCAUUAGAUCAGUAUCAAGAAUCGUUGAAAGUAAGAGAACAAAUUUUAGAUGAGGACCAUUUAGAUAUAGCUCAAUGUUACUACAACAUUGGUUUAAGUUAUUAUUCAUUAGGUCGUCUUAAUCGAGCAAUCACAAUACUUCAGAAAUGUUUAAAAAUUCGCCAAAACCGUUUAGGCAAUUGCCAUCAACAAUUAUCCGAAAGUUAUCAUAGUUUGGGUUUAGUUUAUCGAUCCCUUGGCCAAUAUGAUGAAGCUAUUCAAAGCUUAGAAAAAGGAUUAAAUAUGCAAUUAAAAUUGAAGGGAAAAAAUGAUAUCAGCCUUGCUACAUUCUACAAUAACUUGGCUUUAGUAUAUCGAUUACAAGAAGAUUAUCAUCACUGCUUAACUAUGCAUCGUCAAUCCUUAAAUAUAAAAUUGGAAAAAUAUAAUGAAAAUCAUCUCGAUGUAGCGGAUUCUUAUAAUAAUAUUGGUGUAGUGUAUCUGUAUCAAGAAACAUAUGAUCUCGCAAUAUCCAUGUUUGAAAAAUGUUUACGUAUUCAGUUGCAAUUAUUAGAGGAGAUUAAUAUUGAAGUUGCAACCACUUAUAACAAUCUUGCUACUGCAUAUCAACUACAAAACAAAUAUGAGAUUGCUUUAUUAACGUAUCAAAAAUCCUUGAAAAUCAGGUUGGAAGUAGUAGGAAAUAACAGUGCUAUUUUAUUACAAUCUUAUAAUAAUAUCGCUUAUGUCUAUAAUCAACAAGGUCAAUAUAGUCAAGCUGUAGAAAUGUAUCAGCAAGCUCUCAGUAUUCAAAUUCAUCAUUAUGGUGAGAAUAAUACGAAUUGUGCUGAGCUUUAUUUCAAUCUAGCAUCAAUCUAUCAAGUGCAGAAGUGUUAUGAUGAUGCCUUGUCUAUGUAUGAUAAAUCAAUUCAAAUUCGACUACACUGUGCUGCAGAAAAUGACUCUGCACUUUUAGAUGCUUACUUGAAUAUAAUAUCAAUAUAUCAAAUACAACAUCAAUAUCACCAAGCUGUAGUAGCAUAUCAAAAAUAUUCAAAAAUUUUAUCUAAUUUAAGUAGAAAGAAUCAUGCUGAUGUCAUUGAUUGCCAUGAUAAUAUUGGAUGGUUGUGUUAUCGAAUGGGUAAAUACGAUGAUGCUUUAUUAAAUUAUAAAUUAGCGUUGGAAAUUCGACAGUCGAUAUUAUCUGAUGGGAAUCAUUUAGAAAUAGCUCAAUCGUAUAACAAUAUAGGAUUAGUUUAUCGAUUGCAAGGUCAAUAUGAAGAUGCGCUUACUAUGCAUCAUCAGUGCUUAAAAAUUCAACUAAAAUUACUGGAUAAAGAUGACACGAAUCUUGUCCAAUCUUACGAUAAUCUUGGAGCAAUUUAUGAGUUGCAAAAUAACCAUGAAUCUGCAAAGACUAUGUAUGACAAGUCCGUUAAAUUGCGAAAUGGAAGGUUGGAUAAUUGCCAAACUAAAACGAAUGCUAUUUCGAAGGAGAAGGAUUCUGUUUUAGAUUUUAAUACUAAGUUAAACUUGAAUAUCUCUGAGCCUACAACAUCUCCUUCUAUCACAAUCGAUCGACCUUCUCCAGCACAUCAUAAAAGUUUUAACAAGCAUCGCCAUACAAACAAGAUUAUCAACAGUAAAUCUUAA